AUGUCGGACCCGCUCUCUGCGGCUAGUUGUGCAGCUGGAAUAAUCUCCCUCGGCAUUCAAGUCUCCCAAGGCCUGGUCACGUACUGCUCUCAAGUCAAGAACUUUACGUCGGGGAUAGCUACAUUCAAAGCUAAAGCAAAAAGCGUUGACGGGAUUUUACAGAAUCUCGAAAGUGUGUUGAAGAAGACGGAACGUGAACGGAAAAUGACACCUAAAUCUGUUAUUUUCACGCUGAAAGGUUGUGCAGAAACAUUGGGAAAGCUAAAUGAAGGGGUUGGCAGACAUGGAAAGGAUAGACUUUCGAACAGACUUACAUAUUGUUUUGUGCGGGAUGAUUUAGCAGCCGCUUACAAUAUUUUGGAUAGCUUACAGCAUAAUUUGAGCAAUGCUCUUCAAGUUGGAAUACUGGAAGAGAGUACUCGCCAUCAAGCAGAUAUAACCCAAAUGAUUAUGGAUCAAUCUGUUACGCAUCUUCAUACCUCACGAAAAUUCGAAGGCUAUUUCGAAGUUUUAUCAAAGAAGAUAGAUAUUAUAAUAUCAAAUAAACAGCAGCCUCUUCUCCAAAGCCCUUCUUUAAUGGCACGAAGAUGCUUAGAUCUCAGAGCCGCCAAGGUUGAAUCCAGCUUUUUGCUAUUGAAAUACAAACACAACGUUCGACUCCAACUCCCUCGUCCCCAUAUCCUUGCCAACCUCCAGAAUCUCAAUAUGCUGAUGGACCUCGACAUCGCACCUCUGUGCAUUAUGUCCUCUGGAAACAAAACUCUUCGAGUCAACAUACUUGUCCUGCGUGUAAAGGUUGGCAAAUAA